AUGACAGACGCUGCAAACAUGAACCGUAAGACGCCCAGGCCAGAAGACGUCCUAUUGGAACAUCAUGCAUUCAUAAAAGCCUACCUGGGCCCCUACCUUCGAGAACGGAAGAGCACGCUGCGUCGAUCACACCGGGCGAAAGACAAACUCACGCAACUUACCCAAGCUCAGUUUCAAGACCAGAGUACUGAUAUAUAUGACGAGUUAGUGCGUCGGGAGCAAUGGUCGACGAAGGGCAGCUCAAAGGCACACAAUGUACCGAGAUUCUUGCAUCCGAAUCCCCUCUAUCAGCAGAAGCGCAAUGUGGCUCGACGAAAGCUCGCAUCACUGUCGCUUGAGAGGUUUCAACAGCAAUGUACAGACGUCUUUCACGAGUCAGAGCGGCGGUACCCUCAUUUCAUCUCGGAAUCUCCUCCUCGAUCUCCUUGGUCCUCGCGUUCACCUGGAUCUUCUGAAGAAGGAGUGGAUCGUAUUAGCAAUAAUGCCGGACAAGUAGGGCGCAGAGGCAGUGGAAUAUCACCGCCAGCAAGCCCCCACUUGCACUCGAGUUCGCGCAUGAUGCUCCUCGACCUACCCCCGGAGUUGCUUCGCCAAAUACUACAUACUCUCGAUGCCGAAUCAUUCUACGUUUGCCUCGUGACCUGCAAAACCUUCCGCGGGCAUGCUCUGAACUCUAAAGCCCUCCUCAAGGACCAGCUGAGACGCAUACCCGGUCUACAAGAUUCCGUUUCCGGGAGCCAUCAAGAUGCAGCAAGCCUAGUCACACUUUUCUCCAGGAGGGCAACUCGACAUUUACACAGUGGCGCCGCGUUCCUGUCUGAUGUCCACUCCUACCUCCCUACAGUGAAGACCGACUGGAAGAAUAGUACCCUCGUUUCCUAUUCUGGAGAAGGCGGACAUGACCUCAUGCUUGCAAACGUCUGUGCAGAUACUGGUGUAGUGCGAAUCUACAAGAUUAUUGAAGCCAUCCCAAUGCUCUCUCAUGUCAUUGAUCCAUAUGGCUUGUCACUGGGUCAGGGUUCGACGUUUGCUUGGUCCGAUUGUGAAGUUGUCAAGCUUGCGGUCUGCGAACCUGACUUGACGUGUUCCAAAGGAGACUUCGUUAAUACGAUAGCUAUUCUUUACCGUUCUAAAAGAUCGAACCCCGCUAGGAAAGCAAAGGGGCACCUUUCGUCUUCUCCAGCCCCGAUUCGACUCGUCACAUACAGGCUAGACGACGAGUUUGGUCCUAUAGUUAUGGAUUGGUUCGAGAUGGAAAUGGAAACCGAAGAGCUUAACGAUGUGGUGGCUGUGGCGGUCUCGAAAGCUGGGACUUCGUUCAUAUUGACUCGAUGGUUCGAAGGAAGACAUCCGAAGCAUAAAUUAACGAAGUACAAUAGACGUUGCGAUCAAGCUAUUCCACCCCUUACAACUUCGACGUUGCUCGAAUCCCACCCAGACGAGAUCAUUUCCUCAAUGCAGGUCAGGGGCAAGAAACUGCACCUCUUCCAGUCUUGCCUUCCUAUCCCACGGUGGACGGUCAGUAACAUCCGGAGUCGCGCCGAAAUCCACCGUCGCAAUAACUACCUUCCGGAUGAUGUCGAGGCAUUUAGCUCGCCUUCUCUGGGAAAGGCCAUUGCUUUCCAUCACCAUCAUCUUGUCACAGAUCCACAGCUCAACGACGGUGCCCCAACGUGCCUAAAUACGGCUCUCGAAGUCAUGCUCAGACGCGAAGAGCACACUUGCACCACACCUCGUUGGCUUACGCCAGGACGCGUGGGGGCCUUCCUCCUCAAGGCUAUCCACUACUGUGCAGAUUCCAGCUGCGACACGUUCGAUCUGGAGAAAGAUUAUUCGAAUCUGCACCACGUCUUCGUUGCUAGACUUGUCGGUCUGGAUUUGUUCAACCUGUCCUCUCUUGGUGUUCGAAUGGCGAUAUCUCCCAAGUCGCAUCGCAUCGCUAUGACAUCCUGGAAGAAGGUCCUCGUAUGGGCGAUUGACACAAAAGCUUUCCUGGAUCCCGGUACCUUGCCAGAGGGACCCAUACCAGGGGACUACGCAUAUCUGGAGGGAUGUGGAUAUCGAUACUAUCAGUCCAAUCCACUCGAUCAAGAAAUGGUUGAACUACAUCCCGUCGAAUUGCCUGAGGCUGGGGUGGUUUUCGAGCUCGCUUUCCGAGACGAAGACGAGCUUUGGGCAUGGACAGAUAGAGGCCUGGUGAAAUGGAAGUUCGGGCCUAGGGCAUGCGGCGGAAGAAACACUGCGAUGUUAGAAUAG